UCCAUCUAUUUAAAGGCAAGGGUUGGGCUCUAGCAGCUACUUGCCUGGGACCCUUGCGCUUCUGUGAAGAGGAGCACUACCCUGCAGAGCAGCACGAUGUCUUGCGGACCAGUGUGCACCAACUUGGGUCUCAAGCCUGGCCAGCGCCUCACUGUCAAGGGGAAAAUUGCACCAAAUGCCAAGAGCUUUGUGUUCAAUCUGGGCAAGGAUGCUACCCUCGUCGGACUUCACUUCAAUGCCCGUUUUGAUGCUUAUGGCGAUGUGAACACCAUCGUGUGCAACUCAAAGAAGGUGGAAGAGUGGGGUGCAGAGCACAGGGAAACUGUCUUUCCUUUCCAGAGAGGGGGCACAGCAGAGGUCACUUUUGGUGUCAACCAAAAUGAUGUGACAGUCCACCUGCCAGGCCACCAGUUCACGUUCCCUAACCGGCUUAACCUCUGUGUCUUUGACUACUUUGAUGCAAAAGGGGACUUCACACUUCAGUCCCUCAGCUGGGAAUAACUUCCUCUGACACCUCCAUCUCAAAGAUACAGAAAAAGCAAUCAAUAAAUAAGAGUUUUGGUGUA